CAUUUUGUGUUCUCCAUUUCAUUUUGCCGGCAGAAAAGAGAGAAGCGGGCCCUGGGGAACUGGAAGCUGCUGGUCAGGGGACUGCUCAUCCGGGAGAGGCUGAAGCUUCGCUAUGGGGACAAGAGUGAGGCAGGAGCUCCCCAAGCACCUGCCGGAGAUGGACUCUCUUCUGAUGAAGAGGAGGGGACCAGCUCUCAAGCAGAAGCAUCGAAGAUCCUGGCUGCCUCCUGGCCCCAAAACCGAGAGGCUGAAGAAGAGCAGAAGCCAAAGUGCCCUAAGAAGACCAAGAGGGAGAAGGCGGCCGCGGCCUCCCACCUGUUCCCCUUUGAGAGGCUGUGAUGAGGGUGGCCACCUGUGGCACCCUGUGCUACGCAGGGCCCUGGUGGUGGUGGCGUCUCCUCUGAGAAGACCCAGAAGCUGCGUGCACCACGGAUGAGGGCCAGGGGACAGGGGGGUCAAGCUGAGAUGGUGUCAUGGGUCUGGGCUGGCCCCGGGCCUUGUCACAUAGACCCAGGGUAGGGCUUUCAAAGCUGUCCGCUCCCACGCCCUAUGCUUUGAGCCACAGAACACUUCCCAGGAGACUCCCCUGCCACCUAGACGUUGCUCAGCCCACCUUUGGAAACGUGAGUCCAUUUUUUUACAGAAACCACUGGGCGAUUUAGAAAUGCACCAGCCCCUUCUUCUAGGUGAGUUCUUCAUCUGUCAGACCCUCGUGCUUUUGCCUCUCCUGCAGACGUGGGACCCUUUCUCUGCGGGCCAGGCCUUUUCCCCUCAGCCAGGUGUGCUGACGCUGCCCCUUCGUGGUGUGGCGGGGAGCAGGUGGGAAGGACGGGCAUCUCAGAUUAAUGCGGGGGGGGGACCUCCUUUUUGGAAGUGAUGCUUCAGGGUGGCAGAAGACUGGAACAAAGAGCUAAAAUCAGCGAAGAAAAGGAAAAACCCUGAGAGUUAAAGAAAUGUUAGUCAAAGUGGAUCAGUGUUCGGCUAGAUUUUAUUCAUUAUGGAUAAGUUUAUAAAAGCUCUAUGCAUUGUAGAUAAUUCAGGAGAAAUAACUUUUGUAACAUUUUGAGGAAGAAAUAAAACAUUUAUCUAAAAAGA